CCAUAGAUGAAUAUUCCACCAGAGUUGGACAGCAAGCAGUGGUAGUUGUAGCAACGCCAAGCAAAUCAGGAAAUAAUUUCAAAUGUUUUGGAGCGAAACCUCUGGAGGAUGUGAUGAAAACGUUGCGGCAGAUGGUGAUGUCCGAACUGGAAAAUGCGUUAGCACAGCAAGCACCCCCACCCCCACAGGAUGACCCGUCGUUGCAUGAAUUACCUCCCCUUGUCAUAGAUGGCAUUCCGACUCCUGUAGAAAAGAUGACGCAAGCACAACUCAGAGCUUUUAUUCCUUUAAUGCUGAAAUAUUCUACAGGGAGAGGUAAGCCAGGCUGGGGCAAGGAAUCUACUCGGCCGCCCUGGUGGCCGAAAGAUGUUCCGUGGGCGAAUGUUAGAAUGGAUGCGCGAUCAGAGGACCAAAAACAGAAGGUAUCUUGGACGACUGCUCUACGUCAGAUUGUAGUCAAUUGUUAUAAAUACCACGGGCGAGAUGAUCUCUUGCCGGCAUUUAACGAAGAGGAAGAGAAGACUCAGGUUGGUGGUCCAGUGAACCCAGUGUAUUCAGGUCCAGUGGUACAGACCAUUAGCAAUCCAGAUGGUACAGUUUCAAUCAUCCAGGUGGAUCCUAGUAACCCUGUCAUCCAACUGCCAGAUGGAACCACCGCGCACGUACAAGGCGUUGCCCACAAUGGAGAGUCGGUGGACGGAGAGAGCGGGAGUUCGGUGGCCAUCGACCUCAACCACGUCUCCGAGGGAUCCUUAGGUCAAGAGGGAACCAUCAUAAUAACAGGAGAGGAUGGAUCACAGAUACCUGUGAAUGUUUCGGGAGCAUAUCCUGUGUCAGGAAUGAUAACGGUACCCCUACCAGUAUACCAGACUGUCGUUGCGAACAUUCAAGGUGCAGAUGGUCAGCCACUGCAAGUGGUUACGCCAAUCGUACAGGUGCCCAAACUUGAACCUGGGUUAGACAAUAAUGUUGAAGUUCCUGCAGCUCUUAAUGCGUCACUGGAUGCAUCGACUAUUAUAUCUUCUGGACAAGGUCAUGUACAGGAUGAUGAUGACGAUGGAAGUGUAGACAUGGUCGAGACCAAAGAUUGAUGAGGCAUAAGAUCACCUGAAUGUGAUGGGAUAAAGUAACAUAGACCAAUGUUACUGAGUUUAGCUGAAAGCUUAGCUUCUUCCCAUACACACUUAUGUCUUUCUGCCCAUCUCAGCUUCUCACCAAAGACUAGGGUGUGGAUUCUAGUAUAUUCUUCAGGAAUUGCAGAAUAUGAGAGGACUUUAUAUAUCCUCUGCUACAUUGGCCAGUAUCACCUUCACAACAUCUGCUGACUGAUUGUUCCAAAUUUUCCGCAUCUACUGUAACAGAAUCUGCCCCUAGGCACAGGAUGAAACCAUACCAGACAGUGUCAGUCAGGUUAGAGGCCCACCGCUUGUGGUUUGUUUUUACAAGAAAAUCUAUUUUUGUAUGAAGAUAAAAAAAAAAACAGUGGCAUUGGAUAGAGUAAAGCAAACUGUGAGAUGUGCAGGGGUCGGGUUUUAAACAAGUUCUGUUUCGGUAUGGGUUUUUAUUCUGUCGACUCCUAGAUAGUGUGUUGUCUCAAGGGAUGAGUUUGGACUCUUGCUUCCCUUUUUGAAUUACAGUUCAGAAAUAAGGAAAUGAUGUAGCUUAUCCUCUUAUUAAGCUGUCAAAGAUAUGUAUGACCUUUUCUAUGAUUUCUGUUGUUAGUAAAGUUUAUGUUGACAGAGACUUUAAGGCGUGUGACAGCUUUACUAUUGAGACAUUCAGCCAACUAGGAUGAAAGAGGCAUAUUAUUAUUAUUAUUAUUAUUAUUAUUAUUAUUAUUAUUAUUAUUAUUAUUAUUAUUAUUAUUAUUAUUAUUAUUAUUAUUAUUGUUAUUAUUAUUAUUAUUAUUAUUAUUAUUAUUAUUAUUGUUUACAUAAUCAUUAUGCUCAUUAUCACCAUUAUUAUCAUUACUGAUUAUGGUCACCAUUUUCAUUGUCAUUCGAAUCAUAGUUAUAUUUAUUAUUGUUGUUAUUCUUCUAUUAUUAUUUAUUACUAAUACUGAUUAUUUUUAAUAAUGAUAAUUAUUAAUUGUUCUUAGUAAUACUUAAUGAUACAGUAAUACUUCCCAUUGCAGUGUGAAUUUGUAUUUUUAUUAUACUUAUGAUUUAUCUUAUCAUCACUACCAACUGGAUUGAUAUUGAUAAUUUUAUUGAUUGUUAUUAUUUUAUGAUUAUGCAUAAUUUCUUUGUUCUGUUGUCUUUUAAGUUAAGGUAAUACACCCUGUGUAUCAGUGCAAUUAGGUCCUGAGUGUACCCUGUAAUUUUAAAGUAUUUAUUUCUCCAUUUCACCUCCCCUCUCCCUCCUCACCCCUCCUCCCCAGUGAGGCUAAUGUAGUUUGCUUUGUAUUUGUCAAGUGUAAUAGGAGUUGCUCAAUGUUGUAUAGCUUAGCAGCAGUGUAUUAAAGUGGGAAUGACUUUCCUCAGUGUGUGCUACAAGGGAAAAACUUCUGCCUGGUGAGACAGUCAGGAAUUCUGGACCAUUUAACUGGGUGCAGAAGGUUUAAGAGCAGUUGAUGAGUGUGCUGGGAAAGUAUGUAGUUGUUGUUAUUACUAUUUUUUUCAUUAUUGAUCAUAGACUUUGUUCAUUUGUCUGGUUAAACAUUUUCCCUCCACAGAAAGAGAUCUUGGUAGAAAUUAUGAUUUUAGAGGAAAUGCUCAUUGAUUUGUUUUACUUUUAUUUAUUAUUCAUGGGGAGAAAAAAACAAUGAAUAUUGGAUGAGAUGAGGCCUCUUUCUCUAAGUUUGGUACUGACAAUAAGAGUCACUUUUAGUUUGGUGACUUUAAACUUAAAAAAAAAAAACCCUAGGAUGUGACAUCAUAUGUAUUGAAGUUGUGGAAGGAUAGCAUUGUUGCAAAAAAAAAACAAAAAAACAUUAAAAUUGAACCCAAGUUUACCCUGCUGCCUCUACUUAAAGAUUGAAACUCUCCAUAUAUGUGAUGCCCUAAUGAGUACCAUUGAAGGUAUCAGGAAACUUAUGUUGUAACUAAUUGAUAGGAGUAAUAUUAGGGGUAAAUGGAAGCUUCUGAUGAGAGUCAUUAUGAAAUUAUGGAACCUAAUGAGUUGAAAAGGAAUAGAAACAAGAUGUUAACAUAAUAAGCUGUCUCAAAGACACCUUUUUCUAAAUUAUUUUCAGCCUUGUAGAUUUGAAUAUAGGGAGUAUUUGCAUUGCCGAGACUGUGAAAUCAAGUUUGCUGAAUAGUUUACAUUUUAGUAGAAGUAAAGAAUUUAAGCUUUGGUUUGGGACAGAAUGUUACUGUGAUGUCAUCAGAUCUUGAACAAGCAAUCAUGGCUGUGAUAUACUAGUUUAGCACAGUACCAAUUUUAGCCUCAAGGCCAUCUUUGUCUUGCAGUAAAAUAACACGACUUUUGCAUAAGGGCAUUAUAAGUUUCAAGUAUCAAGAACACUUUUUAUUAUUUAAAAAAAUAAUACACAGCAACUCAGAGGUGUUAUAAGUUAAAGAUAUUUUUGCUCUUUGAAAUGUGUUUGAUAAAGAAGAUAGCAUUUUUUUCUUUCUUACAGUAACCACAUUUUAUAUGGUUAUUCAGAGGUGAUCUACCAGUACAUUAUGUAUUAUGAUUCCAUUUGCUUAGUUCCUGCUAAUUUGUAAGCUCACAGUAUUAUAUCUAUAGAGCAUUUUAUCUACCUUGUAUUUUUGUAUUGAUACUUUUUAUUUAUUUAUGAUUAGCAGUUUUAAGUUUUAUAUAUUUUUAGUACCUUUUUUGUGUUUUAUUAUUUAUUUAUAUAUUUUCAUGUAGAAGGUAAUGCACACAGUAAAAUAUUAUGAACAUUUACAGCAGAAGAACCAUAUUAAGUUGUAUACGAAUUGUGUAGAGUUUGUUGAAGUUAAAAUAUCUAGUGAAUAGCACUAGCAGUUGGUAGACAAGGCUUGGUUGGAAAGACUUUUUUGUAUUUGUAAUCGCUGUGGCAAUGUUGGAAAAUUGUAUAUGGUGAAUCAUACUUCAUACUCGUUGUGAUAUUUUGAGGAUACGCUGAAAAGAGGUUGGACGGAUGAUAAGAGGAUACAAGUUUUGUGACCAGAAAAUAUGGCUAAAGACUUCGGUUAUCUGGGGAACUGAACCUGCCUCAGCCAUGCAGGUUUUCUUGAAGGUCUACAACAGAUUAUCAGAGUGCUGUAAUUUUAGCUGUCUUUUUUUUUAGAAUGUGAUUUUAUGUAAAGUUUUAAGUUGUGAUUAUGAGCAUGAAGAUUGCUUUUGUGUUAAAAGAGCCUGAUUGUAUACAGGCUAUUGCAUGAUACCGUACUGAACAGAAGGCAAAAAAAAAAAAAAAAUCCAAACUGGUUAGCCGUGUUCUUAAGGGGAUAUUGAACAAUCAACAAUCUGUCAAGUUGAACGGAAGGGGAGGGGUGAAGGUGUGAAUACUAUGGACUUCCGAGCAUGUAUGUGAUGAUUUCAAACUAGUCGACUGUGGCACACCCAGGAUAAUAAUAAUCUCUAUAGACUGGUGAAGGCUGAGACUGAAUAAGCGCAUUUGAUGGACUUCACGAGGGUUGGUGUUGUUCCAUCAAGUAAAAUUACUUCGGUCGUCUUUCAUAGGCCUACUGAUCUCUCUCCCUCUCUCAGCCAUGGAAUUCGGCAAACUGAUUUAUCUAGCAGCCAUACAUCAUUUUCAUGGGUAAUUUUAUCAUGAGAUAAUAGAUAUCUUCCUUAUCAUUAUCAAGAAAAGUUAAAACAGAAGAGAAUGAGUAAACUUUCUUUAGUUACUGGUCUGCUAGGAAUGGACAGUUCCUGCCGUGUUCUAUGACACAAACUGUAGAUAUAGUGACAAUGUUAUGGUACAAAGGAAAGACAGCUGGGGUAUUACCCUCUUGUCGUCUAAUCUGUGUUUAUCUCUAUUUAUUAUUUCUUAUUAAUUUUAUUUCCUGAAGUAUGUAUGUAUAAUACUUACAAAAAUUCAAGGCCAGCGACAGUUAUGAAAUUUAUGAUUAUGAUUUAAAGUAGUUGAAAAUUACAUCUUUGGCAGUGUAUUAGUUCUUGUUCUGUAAUUUACCUUUUUAUUCGUAUUUUUUAUUUUGUCUUUGUUUAGUUAUACAAACAAACUGCAAAAAUAACAAGGAAAAUGAUAGAACUAGCCCAGAAGGUAAACAGGAACGUGUCAAAAAAAUUUAUUAAUUUAUUUGAGAAGGAUACAUUUACUUUUGAAAACAAGUGCGAUUUCCUUUUAUUAAUAACAGAAAAUUGAAUACUGCUUCUGAUUUUUAAUGUAAAACAACACAAUCAUGUAUUUUCUUUUAUGAGUGUAAUAGACACAGGCAAGAGUGUCCCAUUUUUUUACAACUUUAAAGUCCAACUGUUCUUCUGUAUUAGUUAAAGUACUUUACUAUUUUAACAAACAACGCAAUUCAUAAGUUGUAAUUUUAAACGUUCUUUUUCACACCAAUUCCUUGCUCGGGAAUUUGAACCUGGCCGACUUUUGAACCUGAGUUUAAGUACUGUGAUUCUUUGUCAUCAUUGAGAUUCUCUUGACGUUUAUAUUUUGUUGAGCAAAAUACGUGUAAAGAUAUGGAUUUCUCCUUCGUCGUCCUGCUGUGUUUUCUAGUAGCUGAUUUCUCUUCUCGUGAUUGUUCUUUUCAUUUCCACUUUAUUUUCCUUGGUUUACAUCCUUCCCCAAUUCCUCUGAUGUUAUAUGUACAAAGAAAUGGGGUGUCCCAUCUGUUUGGUUAAAUGUUAAAAAAGAAAAAAAAAAUGUAUUUGCUGUUCACUCUUGACUUGUGAAACAGUUGCCAUUACAUAAUUCUGUUAUUAUUUUUUCUAAUUAUAUGAAAAUGGGUAUUGUAGUACAAUAUAAGGUUGAAAGUUGCAUUACUUGUCACAAUGGUGGAGUAGUACCUUAGGCUUGAUUUUUUUUGUCUUAACUUCUUUCCAAACACAGCAUGCAGGGCGGAAAUCGAGUCGCCCUUCUCAAGAGGCAGUCCUGUUAGUACCUAUGCAGUAGCCGCCGAGCAUGACCCCACCACACACACACACACACACACACACACACACACACACACACACACACACACACACACACACACACACACACACACACACACACACACACACACACACGUACACAUACACGUACAAAUACA